AUGGCCCCACAGGUCGUGGGCAUUGGCACCUGGCAGGAGGGGGGGCUGGGCUGGGCAGCCCCUUGCCUAACAACGGUCAAUGGAUGCCAUGAAGCCGUCUACGGCAGCUUCAUCCAGGAAUUCUGCUUCAGCAAGUUUAAAUCUGACAUGGGAACCCUCAGGCAGAUGCUGUGGUGUGACUGGGAUAAAACCUUGGGCUGGUAUUGGGAACUUAUCAACUGUACCGUCCUGGUAGCUUCAAAACUGGAUUGCUACUGGCCAAACCAACUAGUGGAUGAGUUCUUCCUAGCCGUUCACCAGCACUACUUCAAAGCCUGUCCUGUCUCAGGGAGGUCUUUGCGCGACCCCCCUAAUACCAUCCUGUGCCCGUUUGUUGUGGUUCCCGUCUUUGUCACUCUUCUCGUGACGGCGCUGGUGGUGUGGCGAAGCAAGCGCAGUGAAGGGGUUGUCUAA